AUGGGAGGUGAGCUAUGUGCAACAAUGGGAAAUGGGUUCUUCACAAGAGUAGGCAAAUCAUGGAGCCAGUUGGGGAAAGGGUUAAAUGAUGAAGUCUCAAAGAGCAAAGUUGGCAAGUACUUCAAGUUAGAAGCAAGAAAGAGCUGUUUUACUAAGGAACUACGUGCCGGCUUAGCCACUUUCCUCACCAUGGCCUACAUCAUCACCGUCAACGCCACGAUCAUCGCCGACUCCGGCGGCAUGUGCUCCAUGGCCGACUGCUCCGCUCCGGCAAACCAAACAGCCACCCUGGAUUGCAUGCUCAAGCCGAAUGAAGGGUACCAAAGUUGCCUCUCAAAAACCAAGAGUGACCUCGUUGUUGCUACAAUUGUAUCAUCCAUGAUUGGGUCAAUUGCCAUGGGUGUCUUGGCAAAUCUGCCCUUGGGCUUAGCCCCAGGCAUGGGCCCAAAUGCUUACUUGGCUUAUAACUUGGUGGGUUUUCAUGGAACUGGGAAUAUGUCUUACCAAACUGCACUAGCUGUGGUUCUAGUUGAGGGAUGUGUUUUUCUUGCAAUUUCAGCCUUUGGGAUCAGAGAAAAGCUGGCCAGGCUUAUCCCUCAACCUGUUAGGCUUGCUUGUGCCGCAGGAAUUGGCUUGUUCAUUGCUUUUGUGGGCUUGCAAAUCCACCAAGGUGUAGGCCUAGUUGGACCAGACCCAUCCACAUUGGUCACCAUCACCGCUUGUGCUAAUACAAACCCACAAACUGGUGAGUGCCUUGGUGGAAAAAUGCAUAGCCCAAAAUUCUGGCUGGGUUCUGCUGGGUUUUUAAUUACAUGUUAUGGCCUAAUCAAGGAGAUUAAGGGUAGCAUGAUAUAUGGUAUUGUCUUUGUCACACUUAUUUCAUGGUUUAGGGGCACACAUGUGACAGUUUUUCCCAAUACACCAGUUGGUGACACAAGUUACAAUUACUUCAAGAAAGUGGUAGAUUUUCACAAAAUUCAAUCCACAGCUGGAGCUGUUAGCUUUAGCAACUUCAGUAGGUCUGAGGUUUGGGUGGCUUUGGCCACCUUGCUAUAUGUUGAUGUGCUUGCCACCACAGGCACAUUGUAUACCAUGGCUGAAAUGGGAGGUUUUGUGAAUGAUGAAGGAGGCUUUGAAGGUGAGUACUUAGCAUACUUGGUUGACGCCGGCUCGACCAUCGUGGGGUCUGCAUUGGGGGUGUCCCCCAUUGCAACAUAUGUCGAAUCUUCAGCAGGUUUGAGAGAAGGUGGACGAACAGGGUUAACAGCAGUGACAAUUGGUUUAUGUUUUUUUGUAUCAUUGUUUUUCAUUCCUCUGUUGUCUAGUGUGCCUCCAUGGGCUAUAGGCCCUUCACUGGUCAUGGUUGGGGUGAUGAUGAUGAAGGUUGUGAAGGACAUAAACUGGGGAAACAUGAAGGAAGCUGUGCCUGCUUUCAUAACCAUGCUUCUCAUGCCUCUUACUUAUUCUAUAUCGAAUGGGAUUAUUGGUGGCAUUGGGCUCUACAUUGCUCUUAAUCUAUAUGACUAUUUGGUGGUGCUGCUUAAGUGGUUGGCUAAGAUGAGAAGAAUGGUGGUCAAAGAACACAAUCAAGUGUCUGCUACAGCUGCUGUAGACUCAGCAAAUGAAAUUAUUUGAAGGGUUAGAGGUCAAAAUCAACCUAAUUUUGUUGAGAAAGAAAAGUAGGGUUGGAAAAUUCAAGCAACAGCUGUGUACAGAUGUAGUUGAUCAAAUUUUAAUAUUUCAUGAACAUCCUUUUUACGAAAUUUAUGCAAAUGCUCAGAC